UCCAGGCAGCGAGGAAAAUGGCGGCCAGAGGUUGAGUGCGGGGGAGACGGGGGAAAGGAGACGUAGCUGAGCUUUGGCUCCUUUCCCAGAAUUGUCUGACCCUCGGUGUCUCAGCCUGAGUCGAGGAGGGGCUGUGUGGGUGAAAUACCUGGGCUAGAAUGGCCCCAUCUGCCAUUCAUCUGGGUUUAUCUGAUACCGAGGCGGUUCCAAAGACCUGGUUAUCUGCAUUCUCCUUCUGAUCAUCCUGUAGCCUCGGCAUUCCUGCUGGCUUCUCUUGGAGAGAGAACGCUGCUAGGAUGUGACUUAAAAUGACUUCUGAUUCUGAAGGUCUUCUGAAAAAUAUGCUGUGCUUGAGUGUUUGCUAAGGACAAUUGCUGAUGCAUGGUAAAGAUGAGUGGACUAGGAGAAAAUUCCUUGGAUAGCUUGACCAAUGAGUCAAGGAAGCGCAAGGCGUUGCCCUGUGAUACACCAGGUGCAAGUCUGACCUGCAGCGGUGAGAAGCGGCGGCGUGAGCAGGAAAGCAAAUACAUUGAAGAGCUGGCUGAGCUGAUAUCUGCUAAUCUGAGUGACAUUGACAAUUUCAAUGUCAAACCAGACAAAUGUGCUAUUUUAAAGGAAACUGUGAGACAGAUUCGACAGAUAAAAGAGCAAGGAAAAGCAGUUUCUAAUGAUGAUGACGUUCAGAAAGCUGAUGUUUCUUCUACGGGUCAAGGAGUUAUUGAUAAGGAUUCACUGGGACCUCUUUUAUUACAGGCAUUGGACGGUUUCCUGUUUGUUGUAAAUCGAGAUGGGAACAUAGUAUUUGUGUCAGAGAAUGUCACACAGUAUCUGCAAUAUAAACAAGAAGAUCUGGUUAAUACAAGUGUCUAUGGCAUCUUGCAUGAAGAGGACCGGAAGGACUUCCUUAAAAACUUACCUAAAUCUUCAGUUAAUGGAGUUGCUUGGAGCAAUGAGACACCGAGGCAGAAGAGUCAUACAUUCAAUUGCCGGAUAAUGGUGAAAACCUCUCAUGAGCUUUUGGAAGAUGUGGGCAGUCAAAGAUAUGAAACAAUGCAGUGUUUUGCUUUAUCUCAGCCAAGAGCCAUGAUGGAAGAAGGGGAAGAUUUGCAGUCCUGUAUGAUCUGUGUGGCACGUCGGAUCACAACUGCGGAAAGGGUAUUUCCAACAAAUCCAGAGAGCUUUAUUACAAGGCAUGAUCUUUCAGGCAAACUAGUCAACAUUGACACAAACUCACUGAGGUCUUCCAUGAGACCUGGCUUUGAGGAUAUAAUUCGUCGGUGUAUCCAGAGGUUCUUAUGCCACAAUGAUGGACAGUCCUGGUCAAACAAACGCCACUAUCAUGAAGCUUAUACACAAGGGCACGCUGAAACACCGCUGUAUAGGUUUUCCUUAGCGGACGGUACCAUAGUGACGGCGCAAACAAAGAGCAAACUCUUCCGCAAUCCUGUGACUAAUGACCGCCACGGAUUUGUCUCUACCCACUUUCUUCAAAGAGAGCAAAAUGGAUAUCGGCCAAAUCCGAAUUCAGUUGGGCAAAACAUCAGAACACCUGUGGCUGGAAACACAAAUUCUGUUGGUGGUCUUAUGAACAUGUCACCUGGUCAAGGCAUGCCUAUGCAGAACAGGAACUAUGGCAUGGGAGAUCCCAGUGCAGUGGGUCAGCUCAGCAGCACUCGAUAUGGAGGCCCUGGUAAUAUGGCACCAGUGAACUCCGGCCCUGGAAUGCAGUCCUCUGCUUAUCAGAACAACAGUUAUGGCUUAAAUAUAAGUAGCCCACCACAUGGUAGUCCUGGUUUAUCUUCCAACCAACAGAAUCUGAUGAUAUCCCCUAGGAAUCGAGGGAGUCCAAAAAUGAAUUCGCACCAGUUUUCUCCAGUCACAGGUAUGCACUCUCCAAUGGGAUCAGCUAGCAACACUGGCAACAGCACUUUCUCUAGCAGUUCUCUCAGUGCUCUUCAAGCCAUUAGUGAGGGUGUUGGAACUUCCCUUUUAUCAACACUUUCUUCACCGGGUCCAAAAUUGGAUAAUUCACCAAACAUGAGCAUGGGUCAGCAAAGUAAAACGAGUACCCAGGACUCCAAAAGCCCGUCUGGUUUGUACUGUGAACAAAAUCAAGUGGAAAGUUCCAUCUGCCAGUCAAACAGCAGGGAUCUCCUUAGUGAAAAAGAUAGUAAAGAGGGAAAUUUAGAGGCAUCUGAAAGUCAGAGGGGACCAUCUGAAAGCAAAGGGCAUAAGAAACUUCUUCAGCUACUCACAUGCUCCUCAGAUGAAAGAGGACAUUCUACAGCAUCAAAUUCGCCUUUAGACUCCAGCUGUAAAGAAUCUUCUACCAGUGUUACCAGUCCUUCAGGAGUUUCCUCAUCAACAUCUGGAGGUGUAUCUUCUUCCUCAAACAUGCACGGGUCACUCCUGCAAGAGAAGCACAGGAUUUUACAUAAAUUGUUGCAGAAUGGCAAUUCUCCUGCAGAGGUAGCCAAGAUCACAGCUGAAGCUACUGGUAAAGACACUUACCAUGAUGCUAGCAAUCCAGCCCCCUGUGGAGAAGGGCCUGUCAAACAGGAACAACUGAGCCCAAAGAAGAAGGAAAACAAUGCUUUGCUAAGAUACCUGUUAGACAAGGAUGAUGUGAAGGACCCACUUUCCAAAGAGUUGAAGCCUAAAGUAGAAAAUACAGAUACUAAGAUGGGACAGUGCACUAGUUCUACCAUUCCUACUAGUCAUGAAAAAGCGAUGAAAAUAAAGACAGAACCAGCAGAGGAGAUGAGUGGUGACUUGGAUAAUUUGGAUGCAAUUCUAGGUGAUCUGACUAGUUCAGAGUUCUACAAUAAUGCUAUGUCUGCAAAUGGAAACAACCUUGGGACAAAGCAAGCAUUAUUCCAAGGCAAUGCCCUAUUGGCAGGCAUGAGGAGUCCCCAGUCCAUGCAGACUACUCGCCCACCUUUCAGCAGAGCCAUGUCUUUAGACAGCCCUAUGGGCUCGAGUGCUCCAGCGAGGAAUGUCAACACGUUCUCCAUGUUACAGAAGCAAAACUUGAUGGGUGGAAGUCCAAGAAUGAUGGAAAACCAGGAAAAUUUUGGAGCCAAUCUGGCUAGUGCUCCCAACAGAAAUGUAGCAAUGAAUCAGCAUCAGUCAGCAGACUGGGGUUUGUCAAACUCCAAGGUGAACAGGUUGGAACAGACAAAUUCCUCUUCGAUGCUGAGGCCAGGAGCAGAGUUCAGCACAUCCCUUCCCAGACCCACGGUGGGUGGCUCUGUGCCUGGGCUGCCUGUUCGCUCCAACAGCCUGCCAGGGACACGACCAAUGCUGCAACAGCAAAUGAUUCACAUGAGGCCAAAUGAGAUAAACAUUGGCAUGGGAGGGAAUCCCUAUGGCCAGCCAGGUCCAUCUAACCAACCAGGAUCCUGGCCUGACAACAUGCUGUCCAUGGAGCAAGCAUCACGGGGUUCCCAAACCAGGCAAUUAGUUAGAAACUCCUUGGAUGACCUCUUAUGUCCAGCACCAAAUAUGGAAGGCCAGAAUGAUGAAAGGGCACUUUUGGAUCAGCUGCACACAUUGCUGAGUAACACAGAUGUCACAAGUUUGGAAGAAAUCGACAGAGCAUUGGGAAUUCCUGACCUUGUGAACCAAGGACAAGGUUUGGAGCCCAAGCAAGAUUCAUUUCAAGGUCAGGAAUCUUCAGUCAUGAUUGACCAGAAGGCUUCUUUAUACGGUCAGCCCUAUCAAGGGCAAGGGGCAGCAAUGCCAGGUGGUUUUAGUAAUAUCCAGGGACAACAGCCAUCCUUUAAUUCAGUGAUGAAUCAGAUGAGCCAACAGAACAAUUUUCCACUUCAAAGUAUGCAUCCGAGAGCAAACAUGAUGAGACCUCGCACCAAUACACCAAAGCAGCUCCGCAUGCAGCUCCAGCAGCGGCUCCAGGGGCAGCAGUUCAUGAAUCAGACUCGUCAGUCGCUUGAAAUGAAAAUGGAAAACCCAGUCAGUGGCAAUACCUCAGUGAUGAGACCAGUUAUGCAGCCACAGGUGGGCUCACAGCAAGGUUUUCUUAAUGCUCAAAUGGUGGCUCAGCGUAACAGGGAGCUAAUAAGUCAUCAUUUUAGACAACAGAGGAUGGCAAUGAUGAUGCAGCAGCAACAGCAACCUCAGGCCUUCAGUCCACCACCAAAUGUGACUGCCUCAGGAAGCAUGGAUAGUGCUUUGACUGGCCCUCCAAUGGCUCAAGUUCCUCCACAGCAGUUCCCCUAUCCACCUAAUUACGGAAUGAGCCAACAACCUGAUCCUGCUUUUAGCAGGGUGGCAAGCCCUCCCAACCCAAUGAUGUCAUCAAGGAUUGGACCCUCCCAGAAUCCUAUGAUGCAGCAUCCUCAGACAGCAACGAUGUACCAGUCCCCUGAGAUGAAGGGCUGGCCCUCAGGAAGCAUGGCCAGGAGCAGUUCUUUCCCCCAGCAACAGUUCAGCCAUCAAGGUAACCCUGCAGCGUACAGCAUGAUGCACAUGAAUGGCAGCAGUGGCCACAUUGGACAGAUGAGUAUCAACACCAUGCCCAUGUCAGGGAUGCCUAUGGCUCCAGACCAGAAGUACUGCUGACACCUCGAGCCACCUCUGCAGGCAGGAGUGCGCUGUGCUAACCAUGCACUAGUACUCAAGGAAAGCUGCGCAUUCCUCACGGCACCUAGUCCUGGCCUUAUGAUGGAAACAAGGGAUCUGUCCUGUUCAUCACCAUGAUGUCCUAAGUUGCUUGAUUCAGAGGGGAAAAGAAAGCCCCAAAGCCCACAACAACCCAAACCCCAACGAAACCACAGUGCAGUAGGAGCAGUCUCUGUAUUACUGUAUAUUGUGUUGUACAAAACAAGUCAUCAAUAUUUUUGGCAGUCUGCCUCUAAGAGAUCUGAACUUGGCAAUGGCAGUGUGACGUGUGAUGGGCAGACUCCUCUCCCCUUAUCUAUUUCCUGUGGUUAUCCAAAGCCCUUUCACUACAGGCAGACAGAAGUGCCUGGCUAAGUCAUGGUGGUAAGAAUUCCUGAUUUCUCUAGUAACAAUAUCUGACAGAGAAUGUAGUUCCUAGCCUUGACUCUUUUUAUAUGAAUUCCUGAAUAUAAAUGCUGCUUUUAAUCUCAUACCCCCAAGAGUCAGGAUUUUCCACGCAAAGUAGUAGUGCAAAUGGAAUUGGCACAUACUAGUCCACAAUCCUGCCCAUUGAAGCAAAGGGGUGAAAGGAGAGGAUGAUACAUUUAAAUUAUUUAAACACAAUUGUGACUAAUAUUUACAUGUUGAUGUGCAGCUGAGUGCACUUUAUAAAAGACUAUAUAAUGGAUUAAUGCAAUAUCUUUGGUAAGGACUUCAUAUGAAGGUAGGGUGUGCUCACGUGUUUUUCUUCUCAAACAAUCUCUUAGGAGUGAUUUGCAAAGACUGCAUCCUGUAAUGUUUUCUGCCUAUGGAAAUUAGAGCAAUAAUCUUUCAUCUUUUGGAAAAGCCCUUCAGAAAAACUCAAGGCAAGGCACUGCAGUCUGAAUCAGAACUUUGCAGUCUUCUUGUGAAUACCUUCUGUAAAUACAAUCUUUAAGAUAAUGUAUUAUACCUAUGACUUUUGUAGGUCACUAACUCAUUUUUGCAGAGUUUGUGAAGCUGAAUAUUUAACAAAUUUGAUUUCUGUAAACUCAAGAGUAGUUGAGGUCCAAAUAGAAGUAUUUUCUUUUCCUUUGGUUGGUUGGUUUUUGUUUAAUGAAUGACUUGGAAGCUGGGUGACUUUGGCCCACGUCUUCGUCGUCUUCGGUCUUCAACACUUCAUUUAUUUUUACAUCUGUAACAUACAGCUUUUUAUAAGAGACCAGUUGUGAAAUGCUUUCCUCUCCACCUGUGAGCACUUUGUUACAUUUCUUUUCACAUGAGGCAAUUGGACAGAAAAGGCUCUGUGUUGUAAGAUGUUAGGACUUGUCACCAUGGUCAUGUCUUUCUGCAAUAUGUUGCCUUUAUAAGUUGGUGAAUCUGGAUUGUGUCCUUUUUUUUCUUUUGGGUCAAUUUUAAUGAACUCUGAGUGUUCUUCAAAGAAGUUUGUCUGUUGCAAAAUAUUUGUUGUUACAUGGCAU